UUGUAUAGUAAAAAAAAAUUUUUUCAUUUAUUCCGAGUUCGAUCCACGCUUAAAAUGGGACCUGUUACUAAAAAGCUGACUUGUUUAAAAGACUACGAGGAAGCCGCGAGAGAAAUUCUAAGUCGACGCCCCCAUGGUCCUCUCAUUUGGCAAUACUACAGUCAGGGAGCUGGCGACCAAAGAAGCUUGAAGGAAAACGAGGAUGCUUUUAAAAGAUUGCAGUUUCUACCGAGAAUCUUGGUAGAUGUGUCCAAGAGAGACCAACGCACUACUCUUCAAGGACAGUUGGUACCAAGUCCGAUAGGAAUCGCACCAUCAUCCGUUCACAAGAUGGCCCAUCCCAUGGGAGAGCUGGCCACCGUGAAAGGGGCAGCUAAGCACGGCCAUUGUCUUGUUCUUAGUACAUACGCAAAUACAAGUCUAGAGGACAUCGCUAGCUCCUCCAUUGAUUGCCUCAAGUGGUUCCAGUUGUAUAUCAUGAAUGACGCUAACUCAAACAUUGCAAGAGGAUUUGCAUCCGAUCUGAUAAAACGCGCAGAGGCUGCUGGGUAUAAGGCUCUUGUGCUCACAGUUGAUCUUCCCGUGCUCGGCAACAGGCGUGUUGAACGAGAAGGAGACAUAGAUAACGUACCACUCGCCAACGACUUGCCAAACUUUGCCAAAGUGAAGUCCCCAACACUCUCAGCUAGUCUAAUUGGGUCAGAAGAGUCUGCGAGUAGUCCUACCGGAUUAAAUCCAUCAGUCACAUGGGAUAUCAUAUCAUGGAUGAAGACUAUUACACGACUACCAAUCAUAUUGAAGGGAAUCCUUCACCCCGAAGAUGCAAAAUUGGCGGUGAAGCAUGGAGCGUCUGGUAUCUGGAUUUCUAAUCACGGUGGACGACAGCUCGAUUCUUUACUCGCUCCGAUAGAUGCUCUUCCGGGGAUAAAAGAAGCUGUUAAAGAUGACAUUGAGCUUUAUCUGGAUGGUGGUGUAAGGAGUGGUAGCGACGUAGUGAAAGCCAUUGCACUCGGUGCGCGUGCAGUGUUUGUAGGUAGACCUGCGUUAUGGGGAUUGAUAUGUGGGGGUGAAGACGGAGUGGCAAAUGUGUUAAAAAUUCUUCGGGACGAAAUGGAUACAGCUAUGGCGUUAUUAGGUUAUACCAGUCUUGAGGAAAUUACAAAGGACUGUUUAUUCAGGAACCCAAUGUUUAAGUCCAAUCUGUGAUCGCCCAUUCAGUAAAAUAAGAUGAUGUUAGCAAUAACAGUGAUGGACUGAUGGAGUGGCCAAUAUUUCAUAUAAGAUAUUUAUUCAUCCAAAGAAUCAUCCAAACGUUUCAGUAAUUAUGUCAGACUUAUGUAAUCUUAUUUUUGUCCUCUGGACAAUUUCGGCUCUGAUUGAUCAGGCCGAAUUGGGCUAAUCGAUAGAUUUGACCGACAACUACAUGAAAUAUUAAGAAUGGUACAUAUCCAUAAGUGGCAACUAACCAGUGUUAUAUAAACUCAAAGAUUGGGCAGGAAGAUUUUGGAGGCGAAGGACCACCAGAUAGCUAAUCGAAACAUGAGAGUUGGAAGGAGCCAAAAGGUUCCCUGACUGAUCUUUACCCUUACAGUAUGUCAACACUGUCCCAUUACUGCGUUGCCCAUUGGAGAAUCACCUAAGCUACUAAUUGGCUCAUUCACCUGAAUACGUAUAGAUGUCACUUAGGUUAGAAUUUGACAAGAUUGGAGGGUAAUUCGUUGAGAAAAUACCCAGAUUUAAACAAAUUAAAGACUUAUAAACAAUUUGACUUGAACUUAUAUGCCAAAUUACAUUAAAUCAUUCAAUUUGAUAAAAGAAAAAUGGAGAACACAUACUAUAUCUAGUAUUUUAAGACGACUUCUAAGUUUGUUUUCACAUUUGUUCUAUGAUUACAC